AUGAAUCAAGUUGUGAUUCUAGGUUUAACGGAUCUUCAAAGGUGCAAAGUGGAAAAUCCAAGAACGUUUCAUUAUUUGAAUCAAUUAAAUUGUUACGAGUUAGAUGGCAUUGAUGAUUCUAAAGAGUAUAUUGCUACAAGGAGGGCGAUGGAUGUUGUUGGAAUUAGUACCGAAGAACAGGUUUUUGUUUAG